AUGGCCUCCAAAUUCCGAGCUCCAGAAGUUACACAAGCAUCUGUAGAGGCGGUCUCUGAAGCCCCUUUUGUAGAUGGCGGACCGCCAGGUAGCUGGAGAGACCACCUAUGUCUCCGUGUCAAACGCCCGCAGCAAGGUUUGAAGUCGUCGCCCGGGAGGAGCUCCAGUUUUUCCAAACCUGACGAUGUACACACUCACCGGACGGAGACAGAAUUCCUGUCUCAGAGAUUUACCAGUGCAUCGGUGACUUCUCCGCGUCCAGGACAUGGAGGAAGUCGAGAUUGGCCUCCGGCUGUCCGCGAGUACUUGGACGAGAGCGACGCUGGGCCGGGUAGCACUGGGGUUCCGUCCCCGAAAAUUGCUUUCGGCUUGUCCCGAUGGGCAGUAUUGCUUCUCUAUUGCGUGUACUGUGUCUUUUCUGGCCCAGCGUACAUCAACUGGACGCCAAUAGCAGACGUCCUCUUUAAGGCUGGAGCAUACGAGUGGCGCUGUCAAGGGGCAGUCACAUCGCCUGAUCUGCCCCUCGUGGGCGAUGGCAUGGCAAAAUGCGAAGACCAAGAAGCUGAUGUCAAUCGACUGUUUACAAUAACAGCAGCGAGCCACUUUUUCUUCUCCUUCAUUGGAGGAUCACUGCUUGAUACCAUCGGGCCGAAGGCGACGGCCAUUGUUGGCCUCAUUUCUAGUAUGACAGGCUGGGUACUCUUGGGGUUAGCGAACGAGCACCUUCUCACCUACAUUCCGGGAUGCCUGUUUAUGGGCGCGGGUCUCGAUACGACAUACUUUCCGCUUCUGUCCGGAGCCAACCUGUUCCCAGGUCACGUUGCGACGGUAAAAGCUGUCUUCGGAGCAGCGCUGUCUUUCUCCUUCCUCGUGCCUGUCGCCGUUCGGGCCGUUAGUUUUGAAAGUGGUGGAGCGGUCCACCACAGAUUGAUCUUCUGUUGUUUCGGGGGAAUAUGUCUAGGGUUUUCACUUCUGAUUGCUUUGUUGGUCAUUCCUCAACGCCCCUGGAGAGCUCCGUACAGACCUUUCGGCCAACAGCUCCGCGACCAGCCUUUGGCGGGUGGGUGUGGUGUCGCCACACAAAGUGGCCAGCGGCUUCCCUGUGCAGGUGUGGAGAGUGAGGAACAAGUGCCGAGCGAAGGGGGUGAAGAAUCUCAACUGCCAGAGCGCGUGUGCUGUGCUGCAGUAGCGGUGCCACAUCCCUCCUGUGAAGAGGGCAGUCCUGUUCCUCCGUCUUCUUCUCGGUUUCCCCCCAUCGCGAUUGUUGGAGGAGCCCAUGGUGGAAGCAAAGCGCUAAGAAUUGAAGGGCAGGCUGGUGCUUCUAAUUCCAGAACGCGUACAGGCGGGAGGAGAUGGUCAAUUCUCUCUCGAUUAUCGCCGGUACGGAGUGGAGCCCGACAGCCUCCGUGUAACCUCCCGGAAAAACUUCUGCAGCAUCUCAGGACCAUGCAGAGAGACUUCUGGUCAACUCUCUUCCUUCCCAUUGUGCCGUUUUUCUGUGUGGCUCUGACGAGUGUUGUUUUCUUCAUUCCGUCGGCUCGGCACCUUAUGCCUGACGCGUACACGGCAAAUCGGAUCAUCCAGAUCUUCUCCUUCAUCCCGUGCCCACUGUUCGGCUAUAUCGCGGACAUCUGGGGUAUCAUGCCGGUCAUGUACAUAUGCAAUCUUUGCGGCCUUCUAAGCUUUAUACUUGCGAUGGUUCCUGCGAUUCCGGCUGCAGCUCCCCUACAAUUUGCCGCAUCUAUACUCUCCGCCUCUCAGCUGUCUUUCCUCGUCUGCCAAAUAUGCUGCUACGUGGCGGAAACUUUUGACGAAGAAAAUCAAGGAAAGUUGAUAGGUCUCCUCUGUUCUGUCGCCGGUCUCACAUCUCUCAGUGCUCACCCCAUCAUGGACUAUUCUGUCCGGAGUGGCUUCCGGCCUGCGCUUCUAAGUUUUAUAGUCUGCUUCUGUUCCAACUUCCUUCUUCUUCUGUUCGUGCAUUGGCGCAAAGUUAAGACCGGGAGAAUCUUAGUUAAAGAGAGUAAGAAAAAAUGUCCGCCGCGUCAGCAGAACCCGGAGACAGCUGACAGCGCGGAGCCCGGUCAGCCAGCGUGA